CCUGAGGCUCGGCGCGCUUCGGGGCAGAAGCUCAGAGACGCCGUCGUCGACGUCGCCGUUGCCGGCGCCUCUGCUGCUGCCCGCGACCCCCCCCCCCAGCCCCUCUCUCCGCCCGAGGCCCCGAGUCGGCCCUACCGCCGACCCCCGCCGGGCGCUGCGAGGCCCCUGGCGUUGGCAAGGCCGGGCCCGGCCCCGACGCCGCUCCGCCUCGCGCAGAUCCCGACUAUCUCGAAUCGCGUCUCAGCGCUGUCUUCUUUCCCAGGACUGGUUUCGUGGGGGCCGCAGGCGCGCAGAGUCGCCCCCCGCCGGAGCGCCCCGGCCCGGCCCCGGAGCGGCCCCUUGUAGACGUUCGAGGAGCCUGCUGAGUGCCGUCCCGGCGCCCGACCGCCCACCGUCCGGCCCGCUGGCCCGCUUCUUCCUGAUGCAGACUGCCGUCCACUAGAGGCUGGACGGACCCCCGAGGUGAUUCAUGGCAGGGGACGUGGAAGGAUUCUGUUCCUCCAUCCAUGACACCAGUGUCUCUGCUGGGUUCAGAGCACUGUAUGAGGAGGGAUUGCUUCUUGAUGUCACUCUGGUUAUUGAAGAUCAUCAGUUCCAGGCCCAUAAAGCACUCUUGGCCACCCAGAGUGAUUACUUCAGAAUUAUGUUUACCGCAGACAUGAGGGAGCGAGAUCAGGACAAAAUUCAUUUAAAAGGUCUAACUGCUACCGGUUUCAGCCAUGUCCUUCAGUUUAUGUACUAUGGAACUAUAGAACUGAGUAUGAGUACUGUUCAUGAGAUUCUUCAGGCUGCCAUGUAUGUUCAACUUAUAGAAGUGGUGAAGUUCUGCUGCUCUUUUCUAUUAGCAAAAAUCUGCUUAGAAAACUGUGCAGAAAUUAUGAGACUCUUAGAUGAUUUCGGUGUAAACAUCGAGGGAGUCAGGGAGAAGUUGGACGCCUUUCUGCUAGACAACUUUGUACCACUCAUGUCCAGGCCUGACUUCCUGUCUUAUCUGAGCUUUGAGAAGCUCAUGUCUUACUUGGAUAAUGAUCAUCUGAGCAGGUUCCCAGAGAUAGAGCUGUACGAGGCUGUGCAGUCUUGGCUGCGGCAUGAUAGAAGACGCUGGAGACAUACCGAUACCAUCAUUCAGAACAUCAGGUUUUGUUUGAUGACCCCAUCCAGUGUUUUUGAGAAGGUUAAGACAUCAGAAUUUUAUAGAUACUCCCGACAGCUGCGCUAUGAAGUUGAUCAAGCCUUGAAUUACUUUCAGAACAUUCACCAGCAGCCUCUGUUGGACAUGAAAUCAAGCCGCAUCCGCUCUGCCAAACCCCAAACUACAGUAUUCCGAGGCAUGAUUGGACAUAGCAUGGUUAACAGUAAAAUACUUCUCUUAAAGAAACCAAGAGUCUGGUGGGAACUGGAGGGCCCACAAGUACCUCUGCGUCCGGACUGCCUUGCUAUCGUGAAUAACUUCGUGUUCUUGUUGGGCGGGGAAGAACUGGGCCCAGAUGGCGAAUUCCAUGCUUCUUCCAAAGUGUUCAGGUAUGACCCGAGACAAAACUCUUGGCUCCGGAUGGCAGACAUGUCUGUACCACGUUCAGAAUUUGCAGUUGGUGUUAUUGGAAAGUUUAUUUACGCUGUAGCAGGCAGAACCAGAGAUGAGACUUUCUAUUCAACAGAGAGAUAUGAUAUUACCAAUGAUAAAUGGGAAUUUGUGGAUCCUUAUCCAGUUAACAAAUAUGGACAUGAGGGGACAGUGCUCAAUAACAAGUUGUUUAUCACUGGUGGAAUCACCUCAUCUUCCACCUCCAAACAAGUGUGCGUGUUUGACCCCAGUAAAGAAGGGACCAUAGAACAGCGGACCAGGAGAACUCAAGUAGUUACCAACUGUUGGGAGAAUAAGAGCAAAAUGAAUUACGCUAGAUGCUUUCACAAGAUGAUUUCUUACAACGGCAAGCUUUAUGUCUUCGGUGGUGUCUGUGUGAUCUUGAGGGCCUCUUUUGAGUCUCAGGGAUGCCCUUCCACAGAAGUGUACAACCCAGAGACUGAUCAGUGGACCAUCUUGGCGUCCAUGCCAAUUGGUAGAAGUGGCCAUGGUGUGACUGUGCUGGACAAACAGAUAAUGGUUCUUGGAGGCCUUUGCUACAAUGGUCAUUACAGCGAUUCUAUUCUCACUUUUGAUCCGGAUGAAAACAAAUGGAAGGAAGAUGAGUACCCACGGAUGCCCUGCAAGCUGGAUGGUUUACAAGUAUGCAACCUGCAUUUUCCAGAAUAUAUACUGGACGAGGUCAGACGUUGCAACUAAUGGCAUCUUUCUCCCUUCAAAAAAGCCAAACAAAAAAUUUGUUUGAGACAAAGUAGUUAAUUAAAAAACAUAAAGAAGAACCUCACCAGUUUUACUAUCAAAGCCAUUGGUCUAAUAUAAAAAUGUUUUCAUUCUGUGCUCGCAUCCUUUUUUUUCUUUUUAGUGGCCUCAAACUCAUGCAAUAAGUCAAUUCUAAGCGCUAGCUCUUGAAACUACUUCCAGAAGCAGUUUAAUAGAACGAUUCAC